AUGAAUACCCCUCCACCUCCACCCCCUACUUAUUUGCCUCCACCACUGCCAUACUCACCUCUUCCACCGCCACCACAUUUGAAUUCCCCUCCGCCACCACAUUUGAAUUCCCCUCCACCUCCACCUCCACCUCCACCUCCACCCCCUACUUACUUGCCGCCGCCGCCAACAUACACUCCUCCACCGCCACCGCCUCCACCGCCAACAUAUUCUCCUCCUCCACCACCACCGCCUAUGAAUUCCCCUCCACCUCCACCCCCUACUUAUUCGCCUCCACCACAGACAUAUUCGCCUCCUCCACCGCCACCACGUUUGAAUUCCCCUCCACCUCCGCCCCCUACAUACUGGCCGCCACUACCGACAUAUACUCCUCCACCUCCACCACUAACAUAUUCAUUACCACCACCGCUUAUGGAUUCUCCUCCACCUCCACCCCCUAUACAUUCACCAACGGCACCUACAUAUUCUCCUCCUCCACCGCCACCACCUAAGAAUUCUCCUCCACCUCCACUCCCUACAUACUCGCUGCCGCCACAAACAUAUAGUCCACCACCGACAUAUAUGCCACCUCCGCCGCUAAUGAAUUCGCCUCCACCUCCACCCCUAACUAAUUCUCCUCCACAACCAACAUAUUCACUUUCUCCACCUCCACCUUCUGUGAAUUCUCCUCCACCUCCACUUCGUGCUUACUCGUCGCCACCACCAAUAUAUUCACCACCACCACCACCUAUGUAUUUCCCUCCAUCUCAACUCCCCACUUACUCUCCUUCUCCGGUUCCAUUACCAACAUAUUCUCCUCCGCCUUCCCUGCCACCACCUACGCAUCCUCCUCCACCUCCACCCUCUACUUAUAAUCCUCCACCAUCACCACCAUCACCAUCUUAUUAUUACAAAUCACCACCUCCUCCUCCCAAGUACAUAAGUCAUCCCCAUCGGCAUCAUAAAUCUCCACCACCACCAAAGCAUGUGAUUCACCCACCUCAUCGUCGCAUGUCUCCACCUCCUCAUUUUAAGCAAGUAAUUCAUGCACCGUAUAGAUCCCCACUUUCCAAGCGUUCUCCUCCGCCGUAUAGAUCAUCACCUCCACCACCAAAGCGUGUCAUAAGGCCACCACGUCACCACAAGUUCUCCCCGCCUCCGUCACAAUUACCGCCGCGGAUUUAUGUGUAUAAAUCACCACCACCACCACCACCAUCACUGUCACUCUUGCCUCCCUAUAUCUACAAAUCACCAGCACCUCCAUCGCCAUCACCUCCUCCAUCAUCCCUAUCAUCACCUCCACCAUAUGCUUACAAGUCUCCUCCACAACCUUCUCGAUCACUGCCACCACCACCCUACUAUUACAUCUCUCCACUACCACCAAAUUCUCCAACUCCUGGAAUCCCCUACCAUCUUAGUUCACCACCUCCACCACCCUCUCCCUCUCCACCGCCUCCCUACCGCUAUAAUUCCCCUCCUCCUCCUCCUCCUCCUCCACCAUCAACAUCCCCACCACCUCCUUACUUCUACAAGUCACCUCCACCUCCACCUCCACCACCCUCUCCCUCUCCACCACCUCCCUACCACUAUAAUUCCCCUCCUCCUCCUCCACCAUCAACAUCCCCACCCCCUCCUUACAUCUACAAGUCACCGCCUCCACCUCUACCACCCUCUCCCUCUCCACCACCUCCUUACCACUAUAAUUCCCCUCCUCCUCCUCCACCAUCAACAUCCCCAUCACCUCCUCCACCUCCACCUUCAACUCCCCCACCUCCUCCAUCUCCAUCCACCCCACCUCCUUAUGUUUACCUAUCACCACCACCUUCAGUCAACUCACAACCUGGUGGUUCAUACUACUAUAGUUAUCCUCCUCCACCAUCGCCACCACCGCCUCCCAUAGGCUAUUAA